AAAUCAUUCAGAACCAAAUACACAUUGUCUCCUGCAAGAAACAGUUUUUUAAAGCAAGAAACCGGCUAAAACAUGCCAAAAAGCAAUACAAUACCAAUUUCAAAACAACUGUCUUCUAUAAAAGCUCUAGGGAAAGGCUCUGAUCUAGAGAAAGCAUUUGCCACAACAAUCCUUGUUUACAAUUCACAUUCAGACGAUGAUGGGAAAAUGUACAAGAAAGAGGCUAAAGAACUGCUGCAAACUCAAUUUCCGAAUUUUGUACAGGGCCAAGAGACAAAGCCUAAGUAUAAAGAGAUAAUGUCUAACUUGGAAGAAGACAAAGAUGGGAAAAUGGAUUUUGAAGACUUCAUGGUGUAUUUGCUCAGUAUUUCUAUAAUGUCUGACUUUUUUCAAGAAAUCCGAAAAGUGAAGAAUACAAAAUAAUAAAAAAAACAUUUGUACAAAACUUAUAAUGUGAAUAAACAAAAUGGGGCAACGUAUUUGAUUUAAAUAUAAUUCUCAGGUAAA